AUGAUCUGGAUAAUCCAGAGGACUCUUCGGAGCAAGCACCGAGGAGACACUGCAUGUAGCAAGUGUUACAGACUGACUGCAGUGUGUGUGGUGCUGCUGUGUGUUCUCCUGCUGACUGCCGUCACAGUGCUGUGGAUCAAAUACAACAUCCUGUAUGCAAAAAACAGCCAGCUACAGACCAUUUACAACAACUUGAUUAUAGAGAGAGACCAGUUACAGAGGGAGAGAGAUGGAUGGAGGUGUUUCAGCUCCAGUCUUUAUUUCAUGUCUAAUGAAUACAAGAGCUGGACUGAGAGCAGAGAGGACUGCAAAGAGAGAGGAGCAGACCUGGUGAUCAUAAACAGCACAGAGGAACAGCAGUUUAUCAAUACACUGGUGAGCAGCAGAAGAGCUUGGAUUGGUUUGAGUGACAGAGACACAGAGAACAAGUGGAAGUGGGUGGACGAUACACCACUGAUCACUGGCUUUUGGGGAUAUACAGAACCCGACAGUGCUGCAAUAGAUAAGAACUGUGUUAUAAUUGGUGAUACGCCUGAUCCUAUGAGAAACUGGGCUAAUUAUCCCUGUAAUAAUGAGUUUAUUUGGAUCUGUGAAAAGACAAUCUUUAACUGA